AGCGCGUUAAAGCGGCCCGGCGCCCGGCGGCGUGCGCCCUUCUCUGCGCGCCGGCCGCCCCGGCAGGUCCACUCCCGGCCCGGUGCGCGGUGCUGAGCCCGGGUGAGGGGCUGGGCCCCCCCCAAGGACCCCCCCUCUCACUCUCUCCCGCCCCCCUUCCAUGAUGGACAGCCGCAUCCUGGAGCACCCCCAUGCCCAGUUCGGCGGCAUGGUGGGCUUCCCCUACCCCCUGGGGCACCACCACGUCUACGAGCUGGCCGGGCACCAGCUCCAGGCGGCCGCGGUCCCGUUCUCCAUCGACGGAUUACUCAGCGGCUCCUGCGGCGCCUCGGUCAUCAACCCCACCCCGCUGCUCCCCUCGGCCUGCGGCGACAGCCAACCCUUCAAGCUGGCCGACUCGGGAGACCCGGACAAGGAAAGCCCCGGGUGCAAAAGACGCCGGACCCGGACCAAUUUUACCGGCUGGCAGUUGGAAGAGCUGGAAAAGGCCUUUAACGAGAGCCACUACCCGGACGUCUUCAUGCGGGAGGCGCUGGCGUUGCGGCUGGACUUGGUGGAAUCGAGAGUGCAGGACCCCACCAGGUCAUUGUACACCGUGGUCCAACAGGGAUGCUGCAAAUGUUGUGCCAAAUGUAUUCGGCAUCACCUUCUCUAAGGACCGCUCAGACAAAACCAGAGGAGGAAAAACAGUGCAGAACUCUACAGAGAAACGUUUCAUUUCCUGCCCGGAAACGUUUUAAAAGUUGUGUGCCGAAAGGGCCUUUAUUCCAGACCCCUGAAGGCAUACAGACUCAGCGCUGCCAUUUGUCACCCUGACUGGGCAGGCGAGGUGUUCAAAACAAAGGAAUUAUAAAUAAACACUGUCGC